AUGGUCACCGGCCAGCUUGUAUUCCAGUCUGUAAACAUGGUUUCAUCCACCCUCAUCUUGAGUGUCAGUACACUGCUGCUCGCCAAGAGUGCUGCUUCAGCCGUGAUUCAGAAGCGUGACUGUGGCUUCGUGUGGCCCGCAUCAGCUGGCGACACUUGCAAGUCUCUAGCCAGUGAUUGGGAUAUCACAGAGACUGAAUUCAUCCGAUGGAACAAUGGUGUGAAGUGCGACGCACUCGUGACCGGCCAGAACUAUUGUCUUCUUUGGGAUGGCCCUGAACCAACUGCAAGUGCUACAACAUCCAAAUCUUCGGUGGUCUCUUCUUCCACGGUGCCUGCUUCAUCUGCCAGUAAAUCUGCAACGCCGACCACUACGACCGCUCCUAGCGGCCCUUCUCCCACCCAGAAUGGAAUUGCCAGUGACUGCAAGUCAUUCUACAAGGUCUCUUCUGGCGAUUCUUGCGGUUCCAUCGUAUCCAAGUACGGCACAUUCAGUUUGACAGACUUCUACAAGUGGAACCCCGCCGUUGGAAACCAGUGCGCCGGGCUCUGGCUAGACUACUACGUGUGUGUCGGUGUAACAGGCACACCUACCACCAAGCCAACCACCACCGCAGCCCCAGUCCCAACCUCCAACGCCCCCGGCCCUAUUCAAGAAGGUAUUGCGUCCGACUGCCAGCGCUACCACGAGAUUGUCUCUGGUGACCAAUGCGCCGCCAUUGUGUCCAAAUACAAGACCUUCACGCUCCAGGACUUCUACAAAUGGAACCCUGCAGUUGGCAGCAACUGUCAGUCACUUUGGUUGAGCUACUACGUGUGCAUCGGAGUGAAGGGUACGCCCACACAGCCCGUUACUACGACUGCCCCUCAGCCAACCAGCAACGUCCCUUCGCCAACCCAGCCUAAUGUCAACAAGAGCUGCAAGAAGUGGUACAAGGCCGUCUCUGGUGACUACUGCGCUAAGAUCGCUACGCAGUUCAACAUCUCGCUUACGAAGUUCUACGGGUUGAACCCAGAUGUGGGCAGCAACUGUGGUAGCCUGUGGCUGGAUUACUAUGUUUGCGUUGCUAACUAG